UUUCUACUUGAAACACAAUACAUGAUAAAUUCAGUCAUUUCACGCAUCAGCAAUGAUACAAGCUGAUGUAGACUGAAGACAUGGUAAACGUGAUCAACUGUGUAAUGGACUAGACCAUUAAAGCGGGACGAUUUGCAUCAGGAAACUGAGAUUAAUUAUUGUAUGCGUUGAAUGCAGUGUACACACAUCCAAAAAUGGUGAUGUUUUCGUCAGCAUCAUCGGUUAUCAAUAUGCGGUCAACAAUUUCACAUCGGAUUCGCACCUUGCGGAUAUGCAAGUUUAUCAAGGUUUCCGUGUCCAUUUUACGUAACGUGUUGAAGAAACAAAAGAAACUGAUAUGUGCGUAUUUAGUAACAUUUGGCCUCAUACUUCCGUUGUUGUGCCAUCAUCUCCGAAACACGAGUUUGGAGUUUCUCUACAAUCGAAACCAGACGGCUGCUGCACAGGCAAUGAUCCGGGAAAACACAGCUCGCUUUGAGCAAUCCUUAAAGUCACUGCAAAGGUUUGAAGAUCGGAAAACAUUCUGUCAAACUCUUCCAUUCAUGUGUUCGAUGGACAGAACUAGACAAGGAACUGCUUUAUUUGCUUCUGACACAAAAAGCGAUGCGUUGAAAAAGCCUUCGCCUAUGGAUGACUCACUUGCACCAACCCAUGGUUUUCAUAGAGUACAACAGAAGCGAACUUAUAGCAGAGAUUAUUUUAAAGGAGGACUUGCAAUUUCUGUUGUCACAGUUGCCCGGACUUCCAAAUAUCAUAAUUACACAGGACACUAUCUACCACAGACUGUUGCUAGGUUACUGGAAAUAAUAUCGGUUUCUGAAGAACUAAUGGAGCGAACUCCAGUUCAUUUAAGCGUGUGUAAUGUGGACUUUAAGGCCAAUGCACAUUCGGAUAUAAAAUUACUGCCAGUAUGGAUUCCUGUUUCCCAGCGAUUCAAAAUCGAACCAAACAAGACGGAUCUUACACAAAACGAGUUAAUAGAUAAGGAAAAGAACGAUUACGUAUUUUGUAUUAAUAAGUCUUUGGAGUUAAAUUUCUCAUACGUGAUGAUUGUUGAAGACGAUGCUUUAGCGAAUGCAAACCUGUUCGAUGUUUUAAAGAGAUUUUUCGUUUCAGAAAGGUUCGCAUACACUGACGAAAUCAUAUUUAAUCCGAUUAGCAAUUAUGCUUUUUUGAAACUGUAUCACCCAGAAAGGUUACUCGGCUAUUUUGGAUUUGACGCAGAACGCAUUCCUGAAUUGGUAUCAUUGUCUAUUAUAUUGACUACUCUGACAUUAUUAAUACGCACAAUUGUUCAGGGUAGUGCUUUCAAUCACUUCUAUCUAUGUCAUGCUAUAAAUGCGUUUCUUAUGUUUCUGCUAGGAAUAAUGGUCAUUGGUAGAUCUAACAUAAACGCUCUUCGUACAUAUUCGGACUACCUCUAUUACAUAACCCCUGCACCAAGCUGUUGUUCGCCGGCCAUUUUGUUUCCACGGGCGGGGGCGGUUACCAUAGUGACGCGACUUGAACCCAUGACAUGCAAGGCAGGAUUUGCCAAGGACUCCGCAAUUGAUCAGAUUGUAAAGGAAGAUCGUCUUCAAACGAGACUUGUACAGCCAAACCUGUUUCAGCACAUAGGACACUAUUCGUCAUUGAGAAAAGAUAUGCUCAACCCUUUUAUUGUGUAAUAACAGACGUUGUGUACUUAAAUAAUACUAGAAUGCUGAGAUAAUAAUUAUUGCCGUUUUGGAAGUGUGAUCUUGUUCUAAAUUUAACCUAUGUUUUGUAUUUAAACAUGUACAUUUUGUUAUCCUUUGCACAUUUGAACUGUUAUUGAAUUCGAUUGAUCUUAUUGGGUAAAUUACAUUAAAUCCUUGAGAAAAAAUAUAUUCCAAUAACUACGGGAACGUUUAAGUAUUUUCAGUGUCACUCAAUGUCGGUCAUUGUCGACUCAGGUACUACUAAAAAGUGCACCGGGUACUUCUAAAAUUACUUAAAUGUACCAAUCGAGUGUCACUAUCAAGGCAUGAGUUAUAUAUUUCCUAUAGACUUUCAUCAAACCGUGUCUUGCAUUUAUAAAUUUGUGACCGUAUAGCAGUAAAUAUUUUUAUGGAAGAAUUGCAAUUUCUGUUGUUACAAGGAAGAUCAUAAAUAUAUGUGACAUUAUCUGCUUUGAAUGUUCGUUGUUGCUAGGUUAUUAAAGCAAAUAUCGGUUAAUGAUAAGCUAAGGGAGACACCUUCAGUUCAUACAGGCGUAUGCAAUGUGGUUUUAAAGUCCCUUGCCAAACUACCAACGAGUAUUUCUAUCUUCAAAAAGAUUCAAUAUCGAACCAAACGAAUCAAAGCUAACACAUGAUCAUUCAGCACAUUCAGUAAAGAAUGAUAACAUUGUAUUUAAAACUAUUUUGGUUUAAUUUGUCAUACGUGGUUAUUGUCGAAGAUGGAAAGUAGGCGGUAGUUAAUUUUUCAAUGUGUAGACAAAAUCUAUCGUCUCGGAAAGGUUGGCAUGCAUAUACGAAUUCAUCUUCAAUGCAAUUAAUGAGUUUGCAUUUAUGAAACUGCAUCAUCUGGAAAGGCUUCAUGGUCCGCUCUUCAGGAAGAUCGCUUCAAAAUGAGAUUUGUGUAACCAAUGCUGGUAAACCAUACAGAGGAAUAUUCUACAAAGAGAAAAAAUACCCAACCAAUUUAUUUUGUAUCAAAAUAAGUCACAGAAAAAUAUAUACUCAAUGAUAAGUACUGGAUGUAUUAUCUCUAGCAUUUGAUAUACAAGUUAUUUUAUGUUAGCAAAUUGUAUUAAUUAGUGUUAAAUUGUAUGUUCAUUUCACAUUAUAUACACUCGUUUGUUAAAGUAAGCCAUAAAGCUUUUUUCUUAAUAUAAAAAAUAAAAACCUGUUUAAAUCUAUAA